GUUCCUCCUUUUCGUUUUAGGGGAAGAGGGAAGAUUGGGGAAGAAGAAAUGUGGCACCAGCAGGUUAUGUGAAAUGUUUUGAUUUUGUUUCGAUAACGAAUUUCACUUAAAUUAGAUACAUUUCACACAGAAAAAAUGAAGACCAGGUUCUCUACAUAUGAUAUUAUUUGCAAUGUCACCGAGCUUCAGAGAUUGGUGGGUAUGCGAGUGGCGCAAGUCUAUGAUGUGGACAAUACAACAUACUUAAUAAAAUUGCAACGCCCUGAAGAGAAAGCCGUAUUGCUUCUUGAAUCUGGUAUUAGAUUUCAUUCAACAGGAUUUGAAUGGCCGAAAAAUCCUUCACCUUCUGGAUUCAGUAUGAAGCUGCGUAAGCAUUUGAAAAACAAGAGAAUUGAGGUUUUACGCCAAAUGGGUCUAGAUCGUAUUGUGGAUUUCCAGUUUGGCACUGGAGAAGCUGCUUAUCAUGUUAUUCUAGAACUUUAUGAUCGCGGUAACAUUAUUCUUACUGACCACGAAAUGAAUAUACUGAACAUUUUACGCCCUCACACAGAGGGUGAAGAAAUAAGAUUUUGUGUAAAGGAGAAAUAUCCCUCUGAUCGAGCCAGAGAAAGAGGUCCACCGCCAUCAGCUGAGGAUUUGAGACGUAUUCUAACUAAUGCCAAGGGUGGAGAGAGCCUUCGAAAGGUCCUUAAUCCCCAUCUAGAAUAUGGCCCUGCUGUAAUUGAACAUGUUUUACUCUUGGUGGGCUUUCCUGCGGGUGUAAAGAUUAACAAAGGGAUGAAUCCAAACUCAGAUGAAGACAUUGAAAAACUACUUGAGGCGCUGCAGCAAGCUGAGCACAUGAUUGACCGAGCAUUACAGGAAUCCUCUAGAGGUUACAUACUGCAAAAGAAAGAACAUCGUGAUCCUUCAAGUGAGGACUUUCUAUUGAGCAACCAAGAAUUUCAUCCCAUAGUAUUUCUCCAAAUGAGAGGACAGCCUAUUAAAGAGUUCCCUACGUUUGACCAAGCAAUUGAUGAGUUUUUCUCUUCACAAGAAAGUCAGAAAAUCGACUUGAAGGCCUUACAGCAGGAAAGAGAAGCUUUGAAGAAAUUGAACAAUGUGAAGAAGGAUCAUGAAAAUCGUCUGCAAGCAUUAACUAAAACUCAGGAAUUAGACAGAGUUAAGGCAGAACUUAUCAUGCGCAACCAGGAACUUGUGGAUAAUGCCAUUACUGCUGUGCGUACUGCUAUUGCUAGUCAAGCUUCUUGGACAGAUAUUGAAAGCAUGUUGAAGGAAGCUCAGUCACAGAAGGAUCCUAUUGCAACUUGCAUAAAACAGUUAAAACUUGAGAUAAAUCACAUUACUAUUCUUCUGAGUGAUCCCUUUGCCGAAGACGACUCGGACUCUGACGAACCUCCUCUCAAACCAAUGCUCAUUGACAUUAACCUUGAUCUUGGAGCAUUUGCUAAUGCCCGCAGUUAUUAUGACCAGAAACGAUCUGCUGCCAAGAAACAUCAGAAAACAAUCGAGUCUCAAGUGAAAGCUUUUAAAAGUGCAGAGAAGAAAACAAAGCAGACCUUGAAAGAGGUACAAACGUUAACAAACAUCUGUAAAGCAAGAAAAACGUUUUGGUUUGAAAAGUUUUUCUGGUUUAUAAGUUCUGAAAAUUAUCUUGUUAUCGGUGGACGUGAUCAAGUUCAGAAUGAGUUAAUUGUGAAACGCUACAUGAGAUCAGGUGAUAUCUAUGUUCAUGCUGAUUUAUCAGGAGCCAGUAGUGUUGUCAUAAAAAAUCCUUCAGGGCAGCCCAUUCCACCCAAAACACUUAAUGAAGCAGGAGUGAUGGCUGUGUCCUACAGUGUUGCCUGGGAAGCGAAGGUAGUCACAAAUGCAUGGUGGGUUCAAAGUGAUCAGGUUUCUAAAACUGCUCCCACUGGAGAAUUUUUGACAACGGGUAGUUUCAUGAUUCGUGGCAGAAAAAAUUUUCUUCCGCCUUCACAUCUUAUAAUGGGCUUCAGUUUCUUGUUCAAGUUGGAGGAGAGUUCAGUCCCAAGGCAUGCUGGAGAACGCCGUGUACGAACAGCUGACGAAGAUGCCGAUUUCAAGCCAGAGAUAGAUAGUGUGAUUGAUGAGGUAGAUCAGGAAGUUGUCCUAGAUAAUUCAGAUGAUGAAAUUAAGAAUGAAAAUGAAAAUUGUGGAGACUCUACUCUUAAUGAGGAAGAGCCAGUCAAUAAAGAUGGAAUUGAUGCUAACUCUGGUAGUGACGGGGGGGAAGAUGAGGAGGAGUCUCUCUUCCCAGACACUAAAAUUGCUGUGGAUCACCUUGUUAAAAAUGUGAAUGAAUUUAAAGUCUCAGUUAGUGAGGAAGACUCAGUCUUUAUUGUGGGUAAUAGUCGUCCUCUUCCUAAGAAAGAAAAAGUAACUCAACAGAAAAGGCCUGAAGACAAAGUUGCAAAAGAUGAUGAUGAAACUAGUAAGACACAGCAGUCUCAAAUGAAAAGACGUCAAAAGGGAAAAAUAAAGAAAAUUAAAGAGAAAUAUAGGGACCAAGAUGAUGAAGAAAGAGCUCUUCGAAUGCAAGUUCUUCAGUCGGCAGGCGGCCCUAAAGAAAUUGCUAGCAAGAAAACUAAGAAAGGGAAGGGAGUUCCUACACCCAACCCACGCCCUCCGGUGCAACAGCCAAAAGUACCUAAGAAGGCUAGUCGAACUCCUGCAGAUGGAACCAAACCCGAUGGUGAAAAGGAAGAAGGAGAUGAUGAAGAUGAAACAACUGAGCCAGUAGUUUCUGCAGAAGUAGAUAUGUUGGAGUCACUCACAGGAAUCCCCCUUCCUGAGGAUGAAAUCCUAUUUGCAGUCCCUGUUGUUGCACCAUACAAUGCACUACAGAAUUACAAGUACAAGGUGAAGUUAACACCAGGUACCGGCAAAAGAGGAAAAGGAGCACGUACUGCCUUGAACAUGUUCUUAAAGGAUCGGCAGGCAACAGGACAUGAAAAGGAUUUGCUGAAAGCUGUAAAAGAUCAAGAUUUAGCUCGCAACAUUCCUGGUUCUGUGAAAGUCUCUGCUCCUCAACUACAGAAAUCACGAAAAUGAGUGGCAGAAAUACUCAACCCUCCUACACCAAUUUCUAAAUUAAAACUCUACUCCUGCUAGAAUUCUCCUUUAGUCAAUCCUUUUAUAGGCUCAAGGGCCAUUUUUUUUUCUGCUAUGGCUGGAGCAAGGUACCCAACCAUGGAGUAGAACUGUAAUGGAGAAGCAACUAAGUACGUUGAAAUGUGUGCCGCGCUGGCUGGCGAAGCUAUCUCCUCUGAAGCCAAUGUGCUUAGAAAUCUCACCCACUCAGUUUUUGGAAGCCUGUGGUCUACUGCAGCUAAUGAUGCCCUUGUUUUGAGUGUAGCAUCAUUCAAACUGGAGCUACGACGCCUGGAACGCCGCAGAUCCGUUUUCGGACAUGUGCCACCCGUGUAUGUAGAGAGAGACAGACAGAGCCAGGGUCAUGAAUGUCCAUGAAAUAAUAACCGUUUGACUCUGCAGCGUUCAGGGUCUUCACGGUUGUGUUCAGAAAGAAGAAUUUGAAGUAAAAACUUUUAAUUCAGUGGCCCUAUUUGAAGAAAUAUGACCCUCAUUCUGUCUGUCUCUCUCUACAUACACGGGUGGCACGUAGCCGAAAACAGAUUUGCGACGUUCCAGGCGUCGUAGCUCCAGUUUGAAUGAUGCUACACUCAAAACAAGGGCAUCAUUAGCUGCAGUAGACCAUAGGUUUUCAAAAAUUGAGUGGGUGAGAUUUCUAAGCACAUUGGCUUCAGAGGAGAUAGCUUCGCCAGCCAGCGCGGCACACAUUUCAACGUACUUAGUUGCUUCUCCAUUACAGUUCUACUCCAUGACCCAACUAAACCUAUGAGUAGCUGGCUUCAACUUGGAUUGCUAAACCAAUUUUCCUAGGUGUAACAGCUUUUACUGCUGGCUGUCCCACGGUUCAGCCAAUUGGAUGUAGCUAACACUGGUUAAACAUAAAAGUUUAACAGGAUUAAGCAUAAGCAGUGCUGUUUGUUUUGUUUUUCCCUUUUAAUAUGUGCUGCAGUCUUAUUUAAUGUUGGAAGCAUAAUUCCACUUGUUGGUUUGUCAAAUACAAUAGCAAAUGCCACUCCAGCAUGUUUUGGAUGGAAAAAUAAUAUGCACCUCUCAUCCCCUCGUACAAAACAAUAAAGUGAACUCAGAGCCUAAUAAAAAAAAAGUAUUUAGCAAUGUUGCUCAACCCCUCAACAUUUUUAGUUGAAACCACAAAGUGUUAGCAACACCGAAUCCGAUUUGACUCAACCUAGGAACAGCCUGCAGUGAAAGUAGCUACAUCUUAGACUCCUGUGAUUUCCAACUUGAACUGGUCAAUCCUAGUUUUAACCAGCUAAUCCGAGGUUUUGCCCACAAGCUGUAUACUACCAUAACUUAUCUAUGUAUUUUACCUUCACAGGACAAAAGAGUAUGUGGUAUUUUUUGUUUUUGUUUUUGAGGUGAGGGUUUCCUUGGUAAUUAUGCACAUGAUAUGUUGCCCUGACCGAACAGAGCUGUGAUUUCAAUUUUAGUGAGAGUGAUAUUAGAUGUGUGUACAGUCUAAAAUAUAGCAAAAUACUAACUGCUGAUUAUUUGCCUUAUACUCCUGUGGAAAUAAUGUAUGAACUCAAAGCGAAUGCAAUUAGUGUAAGUUAACUGCACAAAUUAGUGUUUGACGAAACAUUUAAUUUUAAGAAAUAAGAUGUUGUGCAAUGUAACAGAAACUACAGUACACCAUAACUUUUAAAACAAACAAAUAAAAAUGAUUAAGGCUGAGGAAAAUAAUGGUAUGAACAUAGCAGACUUUUGGAGUACAAUGUAUUGCAUCAAAUUAAAGCUUAUGAGUGUUUUCAUGGAAAGUCCAUGUAAGAUUAGCAAUGUCCCUAUCAUUCACAAUAGUUUGUUUAUUAGAAUUCAGAAACUACUGAAUGAAAACAAAAUCUAUAUCUUGCCUGUUGACAUGCUUGGCUAAUGAUUUACUUUUUCUGGUUUAACUUUGGUCCCUGGACUGUUCCAAGUCAAAAUGGGGAAGAAUAUUUUCAGGAAACAUGCAUACGAUUAAUAAACAGUGUUGUGAAUGUAUGAAUUUUUA